UUACAGUGAUGACACAAUUCAUGCUGUUGACAUUUGAAAAAAAGUAUUUUUGAUCAUCCGGGGAUGCGUAACAGCCGUUGUAGAUUUCAUUUAAUAGUCCAAUUAUAUAAUAUUUGUAGGAUUACAAAAGGGAAAUUGGAAAUGUACAUUACUGUUAUUGAUUGUGCCAUAGGAUAAACUGACUGAAAUAAAGCAUACAUUUCAGAACAUCAGAAAACAGCCAAGGAACCAUAAACAAAUUGAAGAUUUAUUAUUAACACCAAUCCAUCAUCAACAUCUUUAUUGUAUACAGUAAAUAAAAUUGAAGACAAAACAGUUGAAUCUGUAAAAGCUUAAUGAUCAGUGAGAGUUUGGAUUUAAGAUUUGAUUGGGACAUUAAAGGAUAUUAACUUACUAAUUCAGACUAUCUGAAACCCAUAUUGAGAGGACUAUUCUUAAAAAGGUGCUGGAUAUUAUUUGUUAAUCGAAUCUCACAGAUUUUCCGUUAAGUGUUGGAUUAUUUUAUGGAAAUAUUUACAUAAUUGAGGAGCAUUCAACAGAUUAGGAGUUAUGGUUCUACUUACAAACAUGUGAUGGUUGAUGAGUUUUUGUUACAUGGAAACUGUAUGUAUCUGGAUUAUGCUUGAAUAUUUGCAAGACACAGAAAGAGGAUGCAGUGAUAUAUAAGAUGUUCAGUCUUUGCAGACAUUUUCCUUAUUUGUUGUACCAAUAUAAAUGGUGAAGAUUGUUGUUCAGAAGACUAUAGAAUGUAAAACCCAGUAUGGAAUAUGGUAUCCUAACUGGAACAGCAUCUGACGUUCGUCACUUCUUCCUUGUUGUCACAUGCCUUGUUUCUUUAUCUGCUGCACAGUACAGCUGGAGACCAGGUGAAUGGAGCUCAUGUAAUGCAAGAGAAUGUGGCCUUAAUGGACAACAAGAUCGACAUGUCAGUUGUUUGUUCCAAGAUCGAAAGGGACAACUCAGUUAUGCUGAGGAAGAAAACUGUCGGUAUUUACCACGUCCCAUUUCACAACGUCAGUGCUACAAAAAAUGCAUCAGAGAUCAAUAUCAGGUCACAUGGGCAGCAGACACAUGGGGUCGUUGUCAGCUUAUACCAAAAGUUAAAACAUGUGCCCGUGGAAUGGGCAUUAGAUAUCGUAAUGUCACCUGUGUGUUCAAAUCAGAUGGCAAGCUGCAGAAUGACAGCAUUUGUGCAUCAUUUGAACCAAAGCCUGCUACAAGCGAAAGCUGUGAUUUGCAAUGUAAACAAGACUGUAUUGUGACCCCGUAUGGUCCUUGGUCAAGCUGUGAUAAGUGUGAAAAAAUUGCACAGACUCGAACUAGGAUAGUAGUCAUUCCAGAUGAUCAUGGUGGAAAGGAUUGUCCGCCAUUUUCACAAAUUGAACCCUGUACUAAUUGUUCAAAUGUAUAUUAUAUUUAUUUAGGACGAUGGUCACCCUGUCAUACCAUGGACAUUCCCGAAAAUUAUCCCACACAUUCAUUAAUAGGUCGUGAAGAACGUAGUGUUAGCUGUAUUGAUUCCAUUGGUGCUACUGUUCCAUAUACAAGAUGUAAAGAACAUAUAAAUCUUCAAGGUCAAAUCAUUACUGAUAGACAGUCAUGCAUCAUUCCCCAAAAUUGUGAAAUUUCCGAGUGGUCUCCAUGGCAGUUGGUUAACAGUAGCUGUCUGUUGGAGUCUGGAUGGACUAAACCUGGACUGAUGAAGAGAGAAAGAUCAGUGAGAAAAUUACCUCGUGGACUUGGAGCUUCUUGUCCACCAUUAGUAGAGACCACAGCAGUUCAUGGAACAUCUGACAAAUCAAGAUACUGUCCCAGAAAUAAAUGGUUGACAUCAAGUUGGAGUAAGUGUCUGUCUGUAAAUGGAGGGUUACAGUGUACAACAGGAAUGCAGCAUAGAAAAGCUAUAUGUGUGGAGGAAAAUGAAAGUGGUGACCAGAAACCAGUAGACGAUUCUUUGUGUACCAGUCCUCGUCCAACCAUAUCACAGUUGUGUUCAGCAGACUGUGACUGGGAUUGUACAGUGUCAUUGUGGUCACAGUGGAGUGACUGUACUGUGACUGAAUGUGAAGCAUAUGCAAGGAAGAGAAGGAACAAUCAGAAAACAGGGCAGCGAUUUAGGACAAGAGAAGUACUAACACGACCAGGAACAAAUGGAGAACAAUGCCCACACCUUAGUGAAACCCAAAACUGUGACCCAGAACCUUGUUAUUUUUGGAACACAUCAUCUGGUCCCUGCAGUUUGUCCAAGAUUAGAUAUGGUAAAAGUGAAACUUGUGGUGUUGGUAUUAAACAGAGAACUGCAACAUGUGUUGAUAAGAAAGGGAUGAGAGUGAGUGAUGACUUAUGCUCGUCAUGGGAAACCAGACCAGAACCUCAAGUGUUAUGUGAGAUUCCUUGUCGCUAUGAUUGUGUAACAUCAGAUUGGGGUGAAUGGUCAGAAUGUCCAGACAUCUGUGAGACUGAACAAGAUGUUUCCUAUAGACCAAACAUGAGAUCAAGACAAAAAACAAUCCUGGCACGCCAUGGACCAGGUGGUACAGAAUGUCCAGGUGAAAGAGAACUGAUAGAAAAUAAACCAUGUCCUACUGUCAUAGAAUGUGCUGUAUUUAUAUGGCAUGCAGAUCCAUGGGGAAGUUGUGAACUGGAGGAUAGAAAUAGAAAAUGUGGUCGUGGAAGACAGACUAGGGGUGUACACUGUUAUAAUCGCAACAACCAACUUGUACAGGAUGAAAAGUGUACACAGUCAGUCAAACCUGAGAGAACCCGAGUUUGUAUGAUACCAUGUCCAAGGGACUGUACUCUUACUGCAUGGUCUGACUGGUCUAGUUGUUCAGCAUCUUGUUUUAUUAACAAAGACAACAUUCCUACUAGGUCAAGGCAGCGAUUUAUUCUUCAGGAACCAGACAAUAGUGGAGCCCCAUGUCCAGAGGUAUUACAGGAGGUGAAGCAAUGUAUAGAGUUACCCCUCUGUCACCAGUUCCAAUGGAAAAUUUCCAACUGGAGUGUCUGCAUACUUGCUCCAACCAUCUACAACUGUGGGAAAGGCCUAAGAGCAAGAGACAUUGCAUGUAUGGCUCAAAAUGGAACAGAUCAUCCAAUAGAAGACUGUCUGAAAUUCCUUGGUCCAAUGCCUCCUAUUGCUGAACCAUGUUAUAUGACAUGUGACCGGCAAUGUUUGUUUACUGAUUGGUCAGAAUGGAGCCACUGUAUCCAAGGGUGUAGUGGUCAUCAGUUCAGAUCAAGGGAACUGAAAGGUGGUCCAGGGGUACCAGAUCAAUGCCAUAAUAACAAUUUGUAUCCAACUUACCAAAAGCGACCUUGUCAGCUAUGUGAGUCAUUAAAACCUACAUCAAUGGGUGAAUGGUCAGACUGUAUCCUAGAACCAGUUAGACAUGACUAUAUAACUAAUCAACCAGAACUGACAAGCAGUAGAGGAAAGAGGACUCGUAACACAACUUCCCUUGAUAUGGGAUACAUUUGUGGAACUGGAAAAAGAAUAAAAGUAGUGGCUUGUAGUAACCAUGGAACAGGGAUAGAGUCAGCAGACAAAUGUAAUGGAGCAGGUUAUGAAGAAGAAGUAUGUUUAAUACCAUGUCCUGUUGAUUGUGAGAUGUCUGAUUGGACAACUUGGAGUGAGUGUCCUGCUAAAUGUGGUGCUGGUGUACAAACACGCUAUCGUAGUAUCCGAAGACUUCCUUCAGCAGGAGGCAGACAGUGUCCAUCACUUGGUGCUUCAAGCAAGGAAGUACAAACAAGGCUUUGUCAUCCAGAGUGUGUACGAUAUGUAUGGAAAACAAAAGCUUGGGGCACCUGUAUUCCACAUAAUCAACAGAUAUGUGGUAAUGGUACUCAAACAAGAUUUGUUAGAUGUUAUGCUGUGAAUAGACAUGGAUUUACAACAAGUGUAGCCUCGGAUGAUGUGUGUGUAAAUCAGCGUCCUCCAAAAAUGCAGCAUUGUUAUUUAUACUGUUUGGAAGAUUGUGUGGUUAGUGUUUGGACAACAUGGACUUCAUGCAGCAAGCCCUGUAAUCAUAAUGAUAGACAAGUGAGGACAAGAGAAGUUUUACGUUACCUGAAUUACAACAACUGUCCAGAGGUUCGUGAAACAAAACCCUGCAUCAAGAAUGAUAAUUGUAUAGAGUACUAUUGGGAAUGGUCAUCAUGGACGACUUGCUUAAUAAACAAUGGCAUGGACAACUGUGGAGUAGGACAUAAAGAAAGAUAUCUAAUCUGCAAAAACCACUUUGGCCACAAUGUGGAUAGUGAGUUUUGUGAAGUGGAUGCAGAUCCAGUUUCUGAGCCAUCUGUUGUGUCUUGUGAAGAAGUAUGUGAUGUUGAUUGUCUUGUGUCUGAUUGGUCAUCAUGGUCAUCUUGCAGCAAAAAAUGUGGCCUAGGAGUCAGUCAAAGGGAGAGAACUAUUGUGGAACAGUUCAGCAGAAAUGGAAGACCUUGCCCAGAUAUGCUUAAGCAGAAGAAACCAUGUUUUCAACAAGGCUGCUAUUCUUGGACUGUCUCUGUCUGGUCAAACUGUACAUCUCAGUUUGGAAUAUGUGGACAUGGGAUACAGAAGAGAAAUAUAUCUUGUAUGAGUGAAGAUGGUAUUGCCUUAGACCCAUCCAAGUGUUCACCAGACCUUCAUAUACUUAUUUUGCAGACUGAGAGACCAUGCACUGUGCCAUGCCCAGGGGAAUGUGUAAUGACAGAAUGGACUGAAUGGAAUAAGUGUUACUUGUCAAGAGAGGACUUCAGCAUUGAGAGAUAUAGGAGCCUAGGAGUUCAGAGUAGAUCCAGAGCUGUGUUGGCAUAUCCUAAAUUAAAAAAUACACCUUGCCCAGACAAGCUGUGGGAAAAACGUCAUUGUGCUGCUGAAGAAGGAAUGUUCUUUGAGUGGAGUACAAGUCCAUGGAAUGUCGACCAACAUAGAACUGUCUGGUGUUCAAGAUCUGAUGGACUUAAAGUUAUAGGUGGAUGUGACAUUGAGAAACGUCCACCAUUAGACCUGAGAUGUGAACCAGUAUGUCCAGUACAAAGUUCAUGUAAUGAUACCAAUAUAUGCAUAUGCACAGAAGGUUUAGUAGCACAAACAAACUCCAUAGGUAUUCUUAUGGCCUGUUUACAGGCUAAUGUAACUGUGGAAAAAGAUGCUCAAGAAACAGGUCAAAAAAAAGAAGCAACCAGUAUAUGGAUGUAUGCAGUGUUAGCUGCUGGAACAGUCUUUAUUAUCUUUGUGGCUCUAGCUUUCUAUAACAUGAGCGAACACUUUCGUUCGGGCCCUCGUCCUCGAGAGGCAGAAGAUGAAGAAGCUGCAGAGAAACUGAAUACUGGAACUAUAGAAAGUCGACGAGAAAAUGGGGUAGAGCGAGAACAUUGUCCAAAUGUAAACACCCAUCUUUCUGCUCCCACACCAACCAAUACUAAUUACCUGUAUGAAAAUAGCACCACUAAUGCGUUAUGGGUGAGGGCAUCUUCCAAAAGUGUUCGCAGUCGUGUAGCUAGAAAGUUUUAUUCUAUGUUGUAUUUUUGUGGGUGUAGUAAGCAUGUGCAUGACACGGAUUGCAAGGAAACAUAUACUGCUUUUGUAGAUAAUAAUAUAGAUAAUAGUUCAUUCAAACGUGUCCCUGAAGUUGACUACAGUGAUAAACCUACAAUUAGUAAUGAAAGUUCUGUUGAUAUUGAAUUAACAGAAAUACCAAAGAAACUUACAGGUAACGGGUCAGAUUCUGCUAUAUCAGUUCAGAAUAGUUCUAAUGAUAGUGGCAGAACAAUUGAGUCUUAUACUGCUACUGUUCCUACAUCAAAUAAACGUUUGAAAAAUAAAAAUUCCUUUGACAAACAAAGGUCUUUUGAUAGUUAUACUAUUGCUGAAUGUGAUGGUAAUGAGACAGAAGAUGGAAAUAAUAUCAUUCAAUUUGUACAGUUAGAGCAUGUACCUACAGGCUCAGAGAAAUACUCCCCUAAAUCUGCACUCUCCAAUGAUUCCAAAACAAACUUUUUUAGUUUUGGAGGAGAACCAGAAAUUAAUGACACAGAGGACGAAUGCCAACAAUGUCUUUACCUAGACAGUGGAAGUGGGCUCUUCUCUGUACACCAUACUGAAUCAGAUCAAGAAAGCAGACGACCGUCUGUUUAUAAAAGUGAAUCUGAUCUCAGUUUAGUUAGUGAAAUGAACAACUUGUCAAAGUUGCUUUUUUCAAAGCAGUAUAAUUCAGAAGAAUCAGAUUCAAAAGACUAUAAUGAUGAAGUUGUGCAAGAAGAAAAGCCGUUACUGGGCAAAAAAACAAAACUUCAAAGACAAACUAAAAUAAGUGAAAGUGAUGAAGGUCAAAAUAAACAAAGGUUGUUGGGUAACCUUGAUGAAACUGAUGAAGGUCGUAUAUCAGAUAUUAAUUUGAAUGACUUGAAUAUAAAUGAAAAUAAAUCAGAAAUAAGGAAUAAAAAAGAAAAUAGACCAAAAAGUGAAGGGUUAGGUGAUAACUUGGGAAAAAAUGAUGAAAGUACAUUAUCUCUUGAUGGACGAACUGAUUCAUAUGAUACCUUUAAAGAUUUGAUAAGUCAUAAAUGCAUCAAUGCACGGAAGAAGAGUAAAUUGUCUAAGAAUACAACAGUGUAGAACAUUUAUUUUAGAUGAGAAAUUUUGAAUGCAGAUGCUUGAAUUGUAAAAUAGGUUAUAUACUAUCAUUUUCAUAGUUUGUUGAUUCAAAUUUUAUAAAUUCAUUCAUUAAACUCAUUUUCCAUUUUAAAACUGCUUCAAAUUUACAUGAGCAUUUCAUGGUUUGUUAAUGGUAUUUUUCAUGAAAUAUAUCCUCUUAGAAUCAUGAAAUUUCAAGCACAUGUGAAUGAAUGAUAAUGGGUAUAAUUUAUUUUGGUCUUUACAUUUUGAACAAUUAUUGUCAUUUCUCAAACAAACUACUUAAUGAAUUUACAAGGUUGAGCCUUAAUAGCAUGUAUUUUACAAAAUACUAAUGUUCUUGAAAAAAACAGCAUUAGAAUCGUGUAUGUUAUAUAAGUAUUAGAUAAUUAUAUAUAUUUUUUAGAUACAUAGGUGAUGAUAAAUGUGUGCAUGUUAGUAGAUGUUUGCAUGAAAUGUUCCACUAUAAUUAUAUAUUUUUUUUGAAAGCCAGUCUUUUAUUUUCAUGUUACAAAAAUUAGCUAUCAAAGUUUCAAAUGCAAGAUGAAGUUCUAAUGUUUGUAUUAAGUCAUAAGUAUUUUAAUUACUUACUACUUACAGCUAUGAUAUCCAUGUUCAUUUGAUUUUGGGUUGUAGCAUAUGACAAUCAAAAUUAAUCACUUAUUUAAAAUGUGUUGGACUUUUUAGAAUCAGUCACAUAUACUUAUGGAAACAGCAAUUAGUAAAGUCGAAUAUACACAAACAAAACUGUAUUGUUGCACUUUUAUUUUUUGAUCAACUGGCACAAUAUUUAUCACUAAUGUUUUGUUAAUGAAUGCAAUCAGUUGUUGUUUACAUUUAGUUUUUUGUUUAUAUUUACAUUGCAUUUGUAUUUACCAUAUUAUACAUACAUUGAAAUAAGCAUUAUAUGUUUGUUGAAUAUUUCAUGAGGUAGAAUAAAUUAACAUGCAUUUUGUGGUAUUUGA